ACCCUCCUCCUGUCACUCUCGCAGUCUCGCUUCUCCUCCUCCCUGUUAUGCAUCAGGUUGGAGGACGCACUCACUGCCCACCUUCUUCCAGCAGCGGAGGCCCCCCCACCUCAUUUCGGGCUUCAUUUAAAAUGAAAAACAGCGGUGGUGGUGGGGGGGAGACAACCGGCAUGCCUUAUUCUAGCGUCAAAAUGGCCCGCAUUGGUGUGAUGGGCGCCGCUAUUGCUAGAUCAUAAAGGCGGAACCUCUUCAAGCCCUGCGGUUCCCAAUCACUGCAGGCUGCCUGCCCGUCAUUUUUUUUAGCCGAGAAAGGGAAGGCGUCGCCGGGGGUCAACAUUCGAGUCGCCGCGGUGCCGUCUGUUCGUAUAGCUUUUUUUUUUUUCCCCGGGCGUUAGCCUGAUAGCAUCGGCUCUACCGCGUCGGUUUGCUGGCUGCUCGAUAUACGUGAUACCGCGGCUGUCCUCUCAGAGACACAAUUGACAUUUAUUUUUAUUUUUUCCCCACAAGAAACAGGCGAGUUGAGCAUCUCGCGGAGGAGCCUCCCGCCCCCUUACUCGCCCUCUCCCGUUUCCCUACCGGAGAAGACCGGAGACAACUUUGCAGCGAGGCCCCGAGCUACUCCUUCCCUCCCCUCUCCUCCUUCCCUGGCCCGGUCGGGUCCCGACAAGACCAGCACCAAGCGACCCUCCCCCCACGUCCACGCGAGGGCCGCAGCUGAUACAUAUAUAUAUUUUUAAUUAUUAGUAUUCGCUGGGAAGAACGCCGCGUGUUUUUGGGGUCCUAGCGAGGCUGGACAAACACAGCGAAGGGGAUGACUCUGGAGUCCAUGAUGGCUUGUUGCCUGAGCGAGGAGGCGAAGGAGUCGAAGCGAAUCAAUGCCGAAAUUGACAAGCAACUUCGUCGAGACAAGCGAGAUUCCAGGCGGGAGCUGAAAUUACUUCUUCUCGGCACAGGAGAAAGCGGCAAGAGCACCUUCAUCAAGCAGAUGAGGAUUAUCCACGGCGCCGGUUAUUCCGACGAGGACAAGAGAGGCUUCGUCCGGCUGGUUUACCAAAACAUCUUCACCUCCAUGCAGGCCAUGAUCCGAGCCACAGAGAACCUAAAGAUCCCCUACAAAUACGAACAGAAUCGGUCUAACGCCAUGCUGGUAAAAGAAGUGGACAUUGAGAAGAUUAACGGCUUUGACCAGCCCUACAUUGCAGCCAUCAAAUGCUUGUGGUCUGACCCGGGGAUCCAGGAGGCCUACGACCGCCGCCGAGAGUACCAGCUCUCUGAUUCCACUAAAUAUUACCUUAGCGAUUUAGACCGUGUGACCGCCGACGGCUACGUCCCCACCCAGCAGGACGUGCUCAGGGUCCGUGUUCCCACCACGGGCAUUAUAGAGUACCCCUUUGAUCUGGAGAAUGUCAUCUUCAGCUAUCUUUCCGAUCUGGAUCGCAUUGCAGAUCGCAGCUAUCUUCCCACUCAGCAGGAUGUGCUCAGGGUGCGCAUUCCCACCACGGGCAUCAUAGAGUACCCGUUCGACUUGCAGAGCAUCAUUUUCAGGAUGGUGGAUGUGGGCGGUCAGCGGUCAGAGAGGAGGAAGUGGAUCCACUGCUUCGAGAACGUCACUUCCAUCAUGUUCCUGGUGGCACUGAGCGAAUACGACCAAGUCCUUGUGGAGUCCGACAACGAGAACCGCAUGGAGGAGAGUAAAGCUCUGUUUAGGACUAUCAUUACCUACCCCUGGUUUCAAAACUCCUCAGUCAUCCUCUUCCUCAACAAGAAGGAUCUGUUAGAGGAGAAGAUCUCCUACUCACACUUGGUGGACUAUUUCCCAGAGUUUGAUGGUCCACAGAGGGAUGCGCAGGCAGCGCGGGAGUUCAUCCUCAAGAUGUUUGUGGACUUAAACCCCGACAGCGACAAGAUCAUCUACUCCCACUUCACGUGCGCCACGGACACUGAGAACAUCCGCUUUGUGUUCGCCGCCGUCAAGGACACCAUCCUACAGCUCAACCUCAAAGAGUACAACCUGGUUUGAGCCCUCCCGAGCCCUUCUCUCUCUCCUUUUGCACAACCUCCUUUUGCGAGUGCACUCUACUUUUAACGCAACACGCACGCACGCACACACACGCACAUGCACACACACACACACACCUGUUUUUGUCCAGCACGUUCAAAGAUCCCCUGCAAAAACAAAACAAAAAAACACCUUGCGCUUCUUCCUGGUUUGCUGGCCAGCUUGUGUCAGAGAAAACAGCUGCCUCGAUGGGCCUGGCACACCUGACUCUGAGACAGUGACCGACCGGAAGGGACGCCGGGAGACGAAUGCCACCACGGGAUUUGGUCUCCACCUCCACAUCGAUGAAUGUACCCACCAGUGUGUGAGAUGUGCAAUUGUGCAGAAAAAUGACAACAAAAAAAGGAAAGAAAACCUCUUAAGUGUAGCUAUAUUGUAUUAGGGGUGUCGAACUCAUUGUAGUUCAGGGGGGCACAUACAGCCAAAUUUGAUGUCAGGGGGGUUAAACUAACAAAGUCAUAGCAUAAUUAAUAUUAAGAACAACCUCAGAUUUUUUUUUUUUUUUUUGCAUCGUAACUAAUUGCAAUGAUUUUAUAUAAAGGCACAAAACUUUUAAGUCAUAACUGUUUGGAACAGAAAAAAUAUAGUAUUGCAAAUUAAAAUUAAAUUAACAAAGAUCUAGGAAUUAUUGUAACCUAAUUUUCUACAUGAGCAUAAUUGUUUUUUGUUUUUUUUGUUUUCUCUCUCUCUCUCUCUCUCUCUCUCUCUCUCUCUCUCUCUCUCUCUCUCUCUCUCUCUCUCUCUCUCUCUCUCUCUCUCUCUCUCUGAUUUUUAAAUUCACCCUGUGGGCCAGAUUGAAUUUCCUAUCAGACAGGUUUAUGGGCCGAUGUUUGACACCCCUGGUAUAUUUAAAGACAUCUAAGACAAACAGCAUGAGAGGGGCAAGAAAUAUGUUUUUUAAUGUAAUUUGUCGCGACUACAAUUUAGCGAAUCACAGCCUAAAAGGAAUACGAACACGUAAUUUAAGAACGUCAUUAAUGACAAGAAAAUCUAUUUGAGAGAGGUAUCUUUUUGGACAUUUUUUAUGUAUUUUGAUUUAAUUUAGUUUCCCCCACAUGCCUUUUCACUCCACACGGUCCAAUCAGACACUUCCUGACGCUGUCGCGCACUCGUUAUUUUAUAUUAGGAUGGGCUUCUGUUUACUUUUUGUUUUUUACUGUAUAGUCAAUUUGUUUUAAAACUAGACAAAUAGAACGAUUGCUGCUUUUGAGUGGUAAGAGGGACAAGGAGCGGGUGACAAACCAUCUUUGACAUCUGAAAAUAAGUGUUGUUUGCGUAUAUUUGUUUGUAAAUACAUAUACACGACAGCAGUGUACAAAAAUGCUCUGUGGUACACCGUCUUUGGCAUAAAAUCAACAACGAUGACAAAAAAAGGUUAGUGUCUUUGGUGAGCACCGUUCCCGCCCCCCACCCUAUGAAUAGUAUUGAUACUGUGAUAUUGUAUUUUGUUGAUUAUAAAAGCAGACGUCACAGAGCCGAGUGGUCAAUUAGCAGUCUAUAUAUAAUAUGGUGAUGAUUUUAAUUAUUUUUUUAAUUUAUCUAAUUUAUGGACCAGGUUUGAAGGUGUUGAUAAUUCUGCCUGCUCUUUUUCAGUGUUUAAUAAGGCACUCUGUUUCUACUCAUGACAGUCCUACUUGAGUCUGAACUGCUGUAGAAAAGAAAAACAAGGAAUGUCUGGUAUCGUAAGGAUUAAGUGUCUCUGCUUUCUAUUUGGCGACGAUUUCCGUUCGUCGCCACCAACCAUUUUCUCUAAGGAGCCCUUACAUUAGUUUUUUCAAAAAGAAAGCAGCUAAAAGUGUAUUACCUUUAGGUUAUAAAUGCAUAUAGAGACAGCGCUGUAACGCUUACCUACCUAGAAAAUGUACAUUACAAAAGUGUUUUGGGUUUCUUGGCUCUGUAUUUUAUUUUAUUUUUUUAUUAUUACUUUUUUUUUUUUGCAUGUUUCCAGGCUUGCUUUAGUAGUGCCAGUGAUGUACCUAUGAACUUUUUCAGUCUUUUUCAUGUGACUUAUCAUUCUCUCAUCCUCAUUAAGGGCUAGCACAGUGGGGGGAGAACAGUAAUACAUGCAGAAAUUGAGAUGUUUAGUAUGAGUUGAGGCAAACCCAAAAGGUGUUUAUUAUUCCCCCCCCCCCCCCCCCCCCCCCACCCUGAAGUAAGGAUAUUUUUGGUCUUUUGCAGUGUUAGCCACAACUAGUAACCCCAUGCAGUACAUUUAUGUAUUACAAAACACACACUACAGCCGCAUUAAGUAUUUGCAUGUUAGCUAAUUGCCAAAAAGCUGUGCAGGUUAUAUCAGAUUUUUUUUUUUAAAACACAACUGAAAGGUAUUUUUUGUGUGGUUAUAACUGUUGGGAAAUUAUCGAAGUAUUCGACUUACUGCUUCUCAUUAAUUGUGUGUGUGUGUAUGUGUUAACAGUUCUCAUGAUAAUUUUAUUUUUAAGCUCUCCUUAGCUUUUCUCUAUUUUAUUUUAGCCACUCAUUUCAAUUCAAUGGCAGGAAACUAAUUGAGAUCUGGGGUUUGUGUGUGUGUGUGUGUGUAUAUUUUGUUUUAUUUUCCCCUCUGGAUAACUUAAAUGCACCAUCGUAACCGUAGAAUUUACUGGCCUCUUGUCCUCACUUUACCUUAAGCUUCUGCUUGUGCCAGGGUGCCAAUGUUAAGUGAGCAAACGAUGUUUAACUGUUAGUUGCGUGUCGAGUGCAAAAAAACAUUUGACAACUUUUGUUUUUUUUGUUUUGCUAGUUUAUGUUGCACAGUGGUGUACUAUUUGGCACAUUUUAAAUUUAUACAGUAUAGUACAUUACAUUUAUACAGUAUAUACACACACACACAGUGUAUGAGCAGGAAAUUGGGAUGGUUUUUGCAUGACACUUCAGUCUUUCAUUUUAUUUUCCUCACUACAACUAUUUUCUUAUUUGUUGCCUUGAUGCUCUUAUUUCUCUGUACAUUCAAAAAAUUACCAGAACGCUAUUGUUUAUAUGAUUUUAGGACCACUUCCCCUCCUUGCUCCCUCUUAAAAAGAUCAAAUGUCGAGUGGUGUUUUUUUUGUUUUUUAAUUGUAAAUCCAAUGUAAACAAAAAAAAUCGGUUGUAUGAUGCGAGCCUACCAGGCUGCGUCUUCAAGUGCCAACACACCACCGCCAACCUGAGAUGCCCCAUACCCGCAUGCCCUCCACCCCGCUCUUUUGAAAUGAGACUAAAAAGAUAGAUGAUUAAGUGGGUAUGUUUAAGAACAUUUCAAAGGAUAAUUUGCUGUUUCUUUGUUUUGUUUUUAAUAAGAAACUAUAAUUAUUGCAUGUACUGUUUCUUUUACAAGCGAGUGGCUUUGGAUGUAUUGACUGAAGCCCUUUGGCUCCAGUUGGCCGGAUAUCAAUAUACACAUAACUCUUUGCCAUAUUUUGUAUGUUUUUGUGUGUUUAUGUUGCUUUUCUUGACCACUGUUGCCUGAUCCUCAUUCGAACAUGACGUAUGAUCAUUAUCGCCGCCGCCUUCUAAAGAGAGAAACAUAAUGACAAGGUUAUCUGUUUUAAGCAUUGAAAUAAAUUUGUUCCUAUA